CGUCGGUGUUUAGUGCUCCGAUGUGGGGUUUUGAGAGAGAUACAGCAGAUGAGUGAACGCACGUAGGCUAUUCAUAUAAUAAUGCCCCUCCUCUUCUUCUCCCUUUAACACAUUGAUUGCCCUUUUGCUUGUGUCAUUGUUGGUUAUCAAGAAUAUUCAUCAUGUCUAUGUCCGUCGAAGAUGCCACUAAAGUGCGAGAGGGUUUUCCUAAACCCUUUCCCAAUAUUCCCAACAAUGUGGUUGAGCAGCUUCGCUUGAAUGGAAAGGUCCUCGUUGUUAAUGGAGCUGCCGAUGGUCUAGGGUAUGCGGUAGCUGAGGGCUACGCUGAGGCAGGCGGAAAUGUUGCGCUUUGGUAUAACUCGAAUGACGCUGCCGUUGAAAAGGCUCGACUACUCUCAGAGCAACAUGGCAUCAAGGCAUCCGCUUACAAGGUCGACGUAUCCGACUCACAGCAGAUUCAAGAUGCCCUAAAGGCUGUUCUUGAAGAUUUUGGCAAGAUCGAUGUCUAUGUUGCAAACGCAGGCAUGGCAAUUUCAAAACCCAUCCUUGAGCAAACUCUGGAAGAAUACAGGAAACAGAUGUCGGUGAAUGUUGACGGAGUUGUAUUCUCUGCCAAAUACGCCGGUGCGAUUUUCAAGCGUCAGGGUUUCGGAAACUUCAUUAUCACCUCCAGCAUGAGUGCCCAUAUCGUCAACGUGCCAACUGAUCAGCCAGUCUAUAACGGGAGCAAGGCCUUUAUAACACACUUUGGAAAGUCUCUUGCUAGGGAAUGGCGCGACUUUGCUCGUGUGAACAUCGUAUCUCCUGGUUUCUUUGAUACAAAGAUGGGUGCGAGCCCUGAGGCGCUCAAUGAGGCGUAUCGCAUGGCUGUUCUUGGAAGACAGGGACAUGUCAAGGAGAUCAAGGGUCUUUACUUGUACCUUGCUAGCGAUGCUUCAACUUAUAUGACUGGAAGCGACCUGCUGAUUGAUGGAGGCUACGUGUUGCCUUAAGACAGUUGAAGAACGGCACUCGGAAGUAUCGUGGAUUUAUUUUACGAUGGUCGGGAUUAAUUAAGAGUAUGAAUUAGUAUCCACCUAUCCAACAAUGAUCACCAAGUGGAGUUCAAGGAUGAUUUCAUAUUCUCAUCUGUCUACGUAAAUAUAGUAGAAAAGACUAUUGAACCUAGGGCAGAAAGCCCGCCGCUAUUCAAUAUAGUUUUUCUCAUUGAGAGUCUAUGGCUGAUUAACCUGCCUUUUCCAUUACGAUCACGAAAAUCAAACUUUGUAUAUACUAUCG